AUGCAACCGCCUCUUGACAAGCAUUGGAAGGUAGUUAAAAGAAUUGUUAGUUACCUUAAAGGAACUUUGGAUCAUGGACUAUUCUUUGCUUCAAAACCAACGGGUACAGCUUUAGUUGGUUAUUCAGAUUCGGAUUGGGGAACUAAUUUAGAUGAUCAAAGAUCUACUGUAGGACAUGAACUUAAUAUUCAACUUACUACUACACCGGUCAUCUGGUAUGACAAUAUUAGUGCGAUUGCUCACGCUGUUAACCCGGUUCAUCAUGUCAAGCUUAAACAUGUUGAGUUGGAUUUAUGUUUUGUCAGGGAAAAGGUUAUGGAUGGUUUGUUUCCGAUCAACUAUGUUUCUGCUCUUGACCAAAUAGCUGAAAUGUUGGUGUAUGAGUUCAUGCCCAACGGUUCUCUUCAUGAUCUUCAAUCGGAUAGAUACAGACAUACAUUGAGUUUCCCCAUGCGAUUGCGUAUCGCGUUGGGUUCGGCCAAAGGGACCCUCUACCUUCAUAAUGAAGCAAACUCGCCAAUCAUUCAUCGGGACAUCAGGGCAAGCAACAUAUUGUUGGACUUCAAGUUUACUCCUAAAGUUUCGGAUUUUGGAAUCUCAAGGCUUGCACCACUACCGGAAGCCGAAGGAGCUUCGGCUCUUGUCUCCACUCUCGUAAAAGGAACACCAGGUUACCUGGAUCCGGAAUAUUUCUUGACUCACAAGUUAACCAAUAAAAGCGACGUCUAUAGCCUCGGGAUAGUUUUUCUGGAACUUUUGACCGGCAUGCUGCCAAUCUCUCAUGGUCGAAACAUCGUAAGGGUGUAUUGUUUUAUAAAAAUGAUAAUCAAAUGUUGCCUUGAUGAUCCCAAGCAACGACCCACAAUGUUGGAAGUUGUGAGAGAGUUGAACAGUUAUGUUGCAGUUCCCGGAGAUUUAUAUCACGCCAACCGGGUCGGAAUCAGAUGCAUCAAAUUCGAAUAUGUCGCAAUCAUCGCCUCUCUUCUCCAGAAGGAAUUCGCAACCCCCCACGGAGAUCCUUGGAAGUGA